AUGUUCCGCAACACCGUCCUCCUUUCUUUGGCCGCCUCCGCCAAGCUUGCGGCCGCUGGGCUCUACCCUGGCAUCACCCCUCACAAUCACACCUGUGCUCUUGUCGACCCCAUCCUGUCCUGCUCUGCCGCUGCCGACCCCUCCAAGGUUGAUACUUGCUGUACUGAGACCUUUGGUGGCCUAGUGCUUAUCACCCAAUUCUGGGACACUUACACCGGUCUUGAGAAAGAUGGCCAGCUUCUGCCUCAAAAAGCUUGGACGAUUCACGGCGGGUGGCCUGACUUUUGCAAGUAUACGCAGUACUGCGACUUGAGCCGCCAGUACGACCCGAAACCGUCUCCUAAUACCACUACUGGUACCCCCGAUGGCACUCCAGUGCCUCCCUACAAGGGCGAGCCCAUUGACAAGUGGUUUGUCCCGAACGGCAAGGGAGAUCUCCUAGCAUACAUGAACAGGCACUGGGUCUCCCAGCUCGACCCCAAUUGGGUUCUCUGGGCCCAUGAAUACUCCAAGCACGCCACCUGUUUCUCUACCUUCCAGACCGAGUGCUAUGGUCCCAACUACUCCAAGUUUGACGACCUCUUCGAGUACUUCGAGACUGUCAUUCGCUAUCAUCGCACUCUGCCAACCUAUGAUUGGCUAAGCGCUGCCGGAAUCAAGCCUUCCAACAAGACCUCAUACAGCGUGGCCAAAAUCCAGAAGGCUUUGAGCGAUAGCUACGGCCAGCCUCCCUUCAUUGGCUGUGGCGGCCCCAAGUACAAUGAGACCGAGGCUGGUAAAGGCUCCCUGGACAACGGCGGUACUGUCUUGAAUGAGAUGUGGUAUUUUCAGAAUGUGCUAGGGAGGAUCCAAGACCACCAGGUCCUCAGACUGCCCGCCACCGCCGGUGGAAGACUCACAAGCUGUGCCCAAGCUGAAAAUGCUGUUUGGUAUUAUGAGCGCACCAAUGGCAGCGAGUUUCGUUGA